AUGAACGCUGCUUUUUUUGAGCAAUCCUGGUGGAUGGUUUUCUUGGGAGGUAUCCUUGGAAUAGUUUCCAUUAUGAUGCCACUUCCUUAUGGAAGAUAUGCUCCAAACGUCUGGUGGUCUAUCUCGCCAAACGUUGCCUGGGUCCUUCAAGGGUUGCCAUCAGUACUUGUGCCACUUUACUAUUGCUUCGAAUCGGAUACUGAUCUUGGACUUAUUUUCAACGUCAUCUUUGUGUAUCACUAUCUCAAGAGGAUUUUCUCAUAUGCUGCCCAGCUGAAUUCUGGUCACUACGUUCCAAUCCCUGUGUUUUUGAUCAGCACCUACUUCUCGUAUUACAAUAGCAUGCUGCAAGCCUCAUACAAUGCCAUGUUUCAACCGAAUAUGGAGAUGCUUCCAUUUUCGAGAUGGUUCACACUUGUUGGCGGAGUUUGCCUUGUUGUCGUUGGACACUUGAUCACCAUGAACGCCGAAUGCUACUUGCUCGACCUUCGCAAACGCGACAACACCGCAUAUUACAUCCCACGCAGUGCGUUGUUCGAGACAAUUUCGUGCCCCAACUACCUUGGAGAGAUCAUUGAAUGGACGGGAUACGCGAUUGCCACCCAAAGUGUUCCAGCAGCUGCUUUUGCGAUUUUUACCAUCUUUCUUCUGGUCCCACGUGCUUACACUCAUCACGACUUCUACGUUACUAAAUUCCGUUCGUACCCGAAGGACCGCAAGGCACUUAUUCCAUAUAUCUUUUAA